AUGUCUAUAAGGAGAAUAAGUUUUGGUCCACUCGCUCUUUCGUCUCCCUCGGACAAACUGUCUUUGAAUGUAGAGUAUGAAGUUGCCGUUAGACUACCGUCCGGAAAGCUAGAGGCUUUGCCAAUUGGUGAGUGUCUGGACGCCUUAUCUUCAGGUGAAGUAUGGGUAUCCCGGGGAAAUUCAUGUCGAAUAGAGUUCAACAUUACUCUUGAUGGAAAAGCAUUGGUUGACAAUGACAAUGAUCAUAUCAUUGAGUUAUUGGGUAGGUUUAUUGCAGGUUCUAAGAUAUGGACACAACUUGGCUUGUCCACAAUACUUCAUCUGCAGGAUGCAGUACUCCAAAAAGGAACCAUAUCUCUUCAUCUAAAUCAUAAAGAACCCUCAAGCCUGCCCGUUGCUGCCUCCAGACCUUGGUCAAACACAACUACCGAUAUCAGGACGCCAGAAGCACUGCUCUGCGCCCAAAUGGAGCAACUGAAAGUGUGUCUAGCGUUUACAUCCACAUCGCCGGGCCAUCAGAGCUCAAAAAGAAUUAAGGCCUCUCCCUGGAAUUUGGUGAUUGGUGAAAACUCUUCUAAGCCCCUCAAAAUCACUCAACCCGAUACGCCAACGAAAUCACCCAUCGUCAAAUUUGGCCCUAGCGAGAAGCUAUCGGAGCUUUUGAAAGAGUGUUCAAAUGAUUUAUAUUCAAGUUUAGUAUUACAUGCUAUACCGGCGUUGUCCCAGUUGAGCUCGUCCAUAAGCUCAGGUCUAUUCUCCAUCAGCAUCUCGACUUCUAGGCAUACGAUCUCAUCAACCGCAAGUCGUAAGAAGUCUCGCGCAAAGUCGCCAAACACAGACAUGUCGGUUUUGAAAGAGUUGGAAAGUGAUUCUGUGCCAUCAAUAGAUGCAGCGAUUGAUGAUAUGCUGCUUCUAUCUGCCGGCGAUGAAGAAGAUAGUACUCAGCUCCCGAAAAAUGACUCAUCGUCAUCUUUAACCAUCAAAACUCUUCCCCGGAAACGUGACGCCUCAGCAAUCAAUCAUGAAAGUGAUGCAUAUGUUCUCAAUCCCACAGCAUCAUGCAACCUUGUGAGUGCGGCAAUGCGUCUCAUGAUUGCAGGCGCCGAAACGAGGGAGAGGACAAUAAAGGGAGUGAAGGUUUAUAGUACUUCGGAUACUUCAGCGACCUCAUUGGCAUCCCUGAGCCCAGUCAUGUUUUCUCCAGGCUUCAAGAAGUCAGUGGCUGAUAACUCUCGGUAUAUCCCUAGGAUAAUUCAAAUGAUGACUUCCUUGUCGCGCAAUGCACACACUCCGAGCCUCAAGCAAAAGCUUGCGCAGAUUGCAAAUAUGCCAUCGUGCGAAUUUCCUAAUGACAGAAAUGAUGAGAAGAUCAACGGUGAGCUAGGUUCUGAGAAAAGGCUAGCCGCCGUGGUUCAAGCUCGAGUAUGGUCAAUGAUGCAACGAACAUUACAUGAUCCGUUGGCUGCUCGCCAAGCUACCAACAAGCGUUCGGCUUUUGAGAAUGCUGUUACGAUCGAGGAUGAUGAUGGAUAUGACGACCUUUUGGAAACAAUUGGUACUGAAAAUGAGUUGAGAAUUUUGAAGACAGAUGAUGAUUUUCGAUGGAUCAUCGACGAGAGCCAUAGUGAAGAAUCGACAUUCGGCUGUAUACUCGAUAAAUUUGACGAAACAUCAGAAGAUGAAUUUGAUGAUUUACUUGACGACGAAGAUGAGAUACUGUUGGAUGAUGAGAGGGAAAGAUUGACAAUAGAAUCCGAAACGGAAGAGAUAUUCUUUGGUCGCCGUUGGCAGCUUGAGGAUGAAGAACAGGAUGAUGAUUUGCUAUUAGUCGUGGAAGGCUCAAUCGAGAACGAGUUGUUGCUUGAGGAUAGAGGUGGUAUCGCCCGGGCCGCAGCAAGUUAA